AUGGGCUGGUUUUGGGGUGGCUCGAACAAGGACGACCCGGUCAAAAAGCUUGACCCGGGUUUGCGAGAAUACCUCGAGCAUGAAGCUCCAGAGAAAUACGUCCCAACCACCUCAGUCCCCUCGUCGCAGGACCCCUCCAAGACGGUGCCCCAAGAUACGAAGCCAGCUGUCAGCGCCGAACCUUCCGAACCCGCCCUUCCCUCCGCUUCUCUAUUCCAAGAUGGCCGUUAUGCGCAUCUCUGGAAGACCUACAAGCCGCCCCAGGAAAAGGAAGCGACGGAACAGAAGACUGCAGAGCGAGUGAUUGAGAAGUACAAGCAGCGCGGUGAUACUGUGCACCGGGCGGCGAUGGAAAACUGCGCCCUGGAGCAUGAGGACUUGACCUACUGCUUCCAGACUGGCAAUUGGGAGAAACGAUUGCGCGCCCGUGUGACUCUGUGCUCUGAGGAAAACGCUAAGUUCUCUCGUUGUUUUACCACGCAGGCUAAAUUCCUCCAGGCCCUAGGAUACGCUUCCUCCUUCAACUGGGACGAGGACAGGGAAGAACGGAUUCAGAUGCACGCCGAUAAACUCUACCAUCAGAUGCUUGACUACGAGAAACGGGUCGAAGAGGCGCAGAAAGCCGGACAGGAGGCCCCGCCUCUUACCUCUCUUUUCAACCCCAAGGCAGAGGCACAGCAGACACCGACCAACACACCAGGAGCCCUGGAGAUUCCUGGAGGUGAGACGAUUCCGGCAGGAUUGAAACCGUCCAAACCGUUGGCACAGCUUACUCCACAUGAACGAGAAUUGGAGAUCCGAGCACACAAUGCGCAGCUGGAGCAACAGAAAUUGUACGUACAGGAGGCAUCGCCAUUUAUGCAGACACACGAGGACGCACGGCAAAAGCGCAGAGAGAAGGCCGUCAGUUGGUUCGGCGAGACGAUUGGCCGUUGGGUUACAUAA